UAGUCAUCCUUCGAACUGCGCCCUCUCUCCUACUUGCGCAUCUUUUGCAUAUUAAAGCAGGCAGUUGGUAACUGACCUAAUACUGCCAUCUCUUUCUUAACGUCAAUUAUACCCAACCAUUUAUUUUCCCGUUCUGCGCAACCCCGCAGCUCUUAUAACUCUCCCGCUCAAAAUACAUCAUGUCCUCUCAAGAUCCUCCCCGCGCCGAUGAGGACGCCUACAUUGAAGCCGAUGAGGCGGAGGAGAUCUUCAACCGCGAUGAGGACCACCCUAUGGAGUCCGAUCCUGAAGACGAAGAUCAGCCUAUGACGUACGAAGAACAAGAGAUCACCCUGGAGAAUGACUCUGCCGCCCAUUUCGAUAGCCAUACAGAUUCCGUCUUCUGCAUUGCUCAGCAUCCUAUCCACAACUCCAUCGUUAUCACCGGCUCCGGUGACGACACCGCCUACCUUUUCGAUUCGACACCGAAUACUGAGCGCCCCCUCCUCCCUCAGAGCUACGAGUCGAAUCCGCAACCGAGGCGGGAGCGAGACUCCUUGAAGCCCCUCCUGAAGCUGGAUGGCCAUUCCGACACCGUGAACGGAGUCGCAUUUACAGAGCCUAAGGGUGAAUAUGUUGUAACGGCAGGAAUGGACGGCAAGCUCCGUGCUUGGCGCGAUACCACCCCUCAGGGCACCGGGCUCGCAUGGCAAUACCUCGCCGAGGUCCAGGAAGUUGAGGAGAUCAACUGGGUCGCUGUCUGCCCUUCCGCGAAGGGUGACGAGGAAAAGAGCAACGUCAUUGCUCUUGGUGCCAACGACGGUAGCGCGUGGGUGUUCCGGAUCGACCACAAGGACUCCGCGGAGCCCAUCUCCAUCAUCCAAUCGUUCUUCCAGCACACUGGAUCUUGCACUGCGGGUGCCUGGACCCCCGACGGAAAACUGCUGGCGACUGUCUCGGAAGACGGCAGCUUCUAUGUCUACGAUGUCUUUGGCGCCGCUUCUGCUGCCGGCGUUGCCUACUCCGCUGGUACUAGCGCCGUUGUCGGGCUAACAGCAGACGACCAGCGCUUUGCCGUUGAGGGAGGACUGUACUCUGUCGCCAUUGCCCCGUCUGGCACCAUUGCUGCUGUUGGUGGUGCUGAAGGUCACAUCAAGGUGGUUGGUCUUCCCCGUCUAGCAGCCGGCGCUGCUGCUGGUAAGACGAAGAGCAGGGGAGCUCCCUCGCAGACGAGUGCCUCCGCUGCAGGCACCCUCCUCGCCUCUCUUCAGGCCCAGAGCGACGGUGUCGAGACCCUCUCUUUCUCUUCCCCUCCUUUGACCCUCCUUGCGGCUGGCUCCGUGGACGGCUCGAUCGCGCUCUUUGACACUGCUCAUCGCUUUGCUGUCCGCCGCCAUAUCAGAGAGGCCCAUGAGGGAGCUGUGGUCAAGCUUGAGUUCUUGCAGAACCGUGUGCCCGCCAACCCCUUGCCUCGUCCUAGCCCUCUUGCAUCUGCCACUGCUGGCCAAGGCCAACCGUGGUUGCUCACCUCUGUGGGCAUGGAUGGCAUUGUCAAGCGCUGGGAUGCACGUGGUGGAACUGCCGCUGCUGCCCAUGGUUUGUUGAAGGAAUACAAGGGUCACCUUGGUCUUAUCGAGAACUCCGAGGGUGAGCAGUCCGGCGGUAUCAUGGCUUUUGUCCAGAGCUCGGAUGGCAAGAGAGUUGUCACUGCCGGAGAUGACGGUAUUACGCUGGUAUUUGAGGAGUAAAUGUUUGAUGAAUAGACCAAAACACCUGUAUAGAUGCAAAUUUCGACACGUUAUGCGAAUUGAUGAUAAUGUUUCUUCUAAAUAACGAACAGUAAUGUCGCCCUAUUGGCUUCUACUCAA